UAUUAAUUGACUUCUUUCCUUUUUUUGUAGGGCUCAAAUGGUAUUUUAACAGACUUCCUGAGUUUCUACACAUUACCUUCAACAGUGAUGCACCAUCCUGUUCAUAAAAGCCUCAAAGCUGCCUAUUCCUUUUACAAUAUUCAUACAGAGACCCCCCUCUUGGACUUAAUGAAUGAUGCACUCAUUAUAGCUAAAUUGAAAGGAUUUGAUGUGUUCAAUGCACUAGACUUAAUGGAAAACAAAACAUUCCUGGAAAAACUCAAGUUUGGGAUUGGAGAUGGAAAUUUGCAGUAUUAUUUGUACAACUGGAGGUGUCCUGGCAUGGAAUCCGAAAAGGUUGGUCUUGUAUUACAAUGAGGACACUUACGUUUCUAGAACUCUGAGGUCAUCGUUUGAGUUAAUUUGAUCUCCAUAACUCUUGGAAUGGUAUUGUUCAAGAGGAGUAAAAGCACAACGUCAGUGAUACUGAAAUAGUCCAUUAAACCUGAACAAUGAAGACAUCCAUAUGUGACCAAAUUUAUGCAUUUUCAGAUAGAUCAGAAGGUCCAUGAAACUCUUUUAUUGUCCAUGAAAAGAAUAAAAGCACAUUCAUUUAAGUUUCAAAGCUUAGCUUGCACCUUGAUGAGAAGAAGGUAUUUUUUUUCCACUGUAGAAAAGACUGUUUUGUACAAACUGAACUUCAGUGGUGGAUUAGGGUACAAAAAUAUUUGCUAUUAUGUGGAUGAACUGCUGCAUUUCUAUUUAUUAAGUGGUGGUGUAUGUUUGUCAGUGUAACAGAAUGAAGGAUACAAACCUGAGUAUCUUUGCUUAUUUACUUCACGUGGAUAUCAUCAUUUGGGGGAAAAUCAUGAAGUAUGAUACGUUUGUAGCUCUAUGAAAGUCCUGGAUGUUUUUGUAACUGGAGCAGUAUGACAAUGUACUGGUUUAACUAGUGCAUUUAUUUCUCCAUAAGCAACGCUGCCAAAUCAAUAAAAAUACAGAUUUGUACUUUGAUCUUCAAUAGAUCAGUGGAUUGAUUUAACAGUAUCGCACUGUUUAGUGCAGGUGUUAUCUAUGUUGCCGGAAUGAUAAUACAUUACUGUACUUAAUUUACAGUUGUGGCACAAAACCUUAGUUUUUCCUCAGUAGAAUAACAUC